UAAGAGUUUAUAUCUUUAUUUUCGAACAAGUCUCGUGGUGACGCCUCGACCUGACUGCUGUCGGGUUUUGUAAAAUGAGUUUAAAGUUCCAUGUCGAUGUUUGGGAAUUUCUAGAACCCGAGUACCCCACCUGUUCCAUGUGCAGUGGGUUCUAUAGCAACAACUUUGGACAGCCUAUAUGUGGAACAUGCCAUUUAUUCCUGUUCUCUUAUGACAUCAACAAAGAUGAAGAUGAACAACAAGUCUACACAGAAAAAGCCGAUUCAGAUGAUUCUGGCAAUGAAGAACCAGAUGCCGCAGCUGAUUUCUACACUCAGAAAGAUAAAAGAACUCACGUAGUGAAAUCCCAUUCUCACAAAAUGGACAAACUAACCGAAAGAAUUACUUCUCUGACUAUUGCUCGCGACACUGACAAAGAAUCUAUUCCUGAAGGUCUUGUAGACUCUCUGCCACCUGAAGUAUUACUGGUAGUUUUCCGUCACCUCGAUGAUAUCUCACGAUGGAUGGCCGGGAAUGUAUGUUCGAGAUGGUGGCAGAUCCUCGAUGCAGAAACAACACAAACCCAGUGGAAGCAUUUCAUUAGCCUGCGUUGGCCUCUUUUCCGACCGUAUUACAAAGUGAAGUGUUGGAAAACGAUAUAUUCGAAACUACUAGAGAGUUCGCCAUGCCGUUAUUGUUUGGAAAGUAUGAUGCUUCAGGUUUCUAAACCAGCAUGGUCCAUAUGUAACACAAGCACACCUCCUAUCAAAGAGAAUUCCUGGCGUCACAGAAGAUUACGAAGUGAAUUGAAAACCUUAAAGACAGACCCACCUGAAGGUAUUCAAGCAACACCAUUAGACCAAAACUGCUGCCAUUGGCAGGCUUCAAUCACUGGACCCCAGGGAAGUCCAUAUGAAGGCGGUCAGUUCUUAUUGUACCUACAGAUUCCAGACAGUUACCCCAUGAAACCUCCAAAAGUGCGUUUUAUCACGAAAAUAUUCCAUCCCAACAUCAGUCGUCACGGAGACAUCGGUCUUGAUUCUAUUCACCACAACUGGAGUCUGGCAUUGACUAUUUCCAAAGUUCUCAUUAGCAUCCAGUCCUUGUUGACCGAUCCUUACUGCCACGUCUGUAUGGAACCAACAAUUGGUCGACUUUACGUGAGUGGUCGACAGGAGUUUGAACGGAUUGCCCGGCUGUGGACCUGGAAGUAUGCCAUGCACGACUAUCUCAUGCCAACUGACAUCAAUAUGAACGGAUUGUGAAAAAUUUCAGUUGCUGUCUACUUGCCUGCUUGCCUCGGUUGAACAAGGCCGAUUACUAAUAGACUAAUAUGUGUGUGUGUGUAUUAUAUGUAUAUGAAUGGUUAUGUGUGUGUGUAUAUAUCAAUAUAUAGAUAUAUAUAUAUGUAUGUAUAUCUGUGUGUAUGUAUAUAAAUAUAUCCAUUUAUUUAAAGUUGAGACUCCACUCUGUCUUUACUCAGAGUUUUGCACAUGUAUCAUUAUUAUUAUUAUUAUCAUUAUUAUUAUUAUUAUUAUUAUUAUUACUCUGGCCGUCUUUGUGGAACAUUGCCGAAGAAAUUCACAUAAGUAGGAGCAAAAGGAAGCCUCAGUUUUUGUAUAAAUGAAUAAACUGUGUCGCAUGUAUUGAGUACAUUUUUCUUCUUGUUUGUACGUCCAAUACAUGUACCUCGGCAGAGAGAUAUGAUUUAUUUAAAGCCCUCCUCUCUGUAAUUUAUAUUUCAAUGAAUUUCUCUCAGCAUUAUUUAUUUUUAUUAUUAUCAUCAGUGUGACGGAGGCGGUGAGCUGGCAGAGUUCUUAGCACAUCAGACUAAAUGCUUAGCAACAGUUUGUCCGGCUUAACGUUCCGAGUUCAAAUUCCAUCAAGGUUGAUUUUGCCUUUCAUCUUUUUAGGGUCAGAAAAACUAAUACCAGCAAAGUACUAGGGUUGAUGCAAUUGAUUUUCUCGCCUCUCAAAACUGUUGGCCCCGUGUCCCCCUCCCCUUUUUUUUUUAUUAAGGCAAUGCACUAACAGAAUUAUUACUGUGCCUGGCAAAAUGCUUGGCAGAAUUUCUUUCAGCUCAGCAUUCUAAGUUCAAAUUCCACCAAGUUUGACUUUGCUUUUCAUCCCUUCACGGUUAAUAAAAUAAGUACCAAUGAAGUACUGGGGCCAACAUAAUUGAUUUCCCCCUCCCCUCAAAAAUUGUUUGCCCAAGUGACAAAAUUUUUUAAAUAAUUAUUAAGGUAAGGAAGAACUGACAGAAUUAUUUCUGUGCCAGAGAAAAUGCUUCGUGGCAUUUCUUCAGCUCAAGGUUCAAAUUCCACCAAGGUUGACUUUGCUUUUCAUCCUUUCGGGGUCAAUAAAAUAAGUACCAGCUGAACUUUGACGUUGAUGUAAUCAACUAACCCUCUCCUCUCAAAAAAUUUUAGGGCCUUUUGCCUUUUAUAGAAUGAAUUAUUUAUUUUUAUUAUCGUUAUCAGCGCAUUGAGGAUGGUUAGAUUGCCAGAGUCGUUAAAGCAUUGAUAAAACAAGCAGCAGUUUGAGCACUGGGGUUGAUGUAAUCAACCAGACCCCUACCUCAAAAUUUCAGGCCUUAUAACCUAUAGUAAAAAGGAUUAUUAUUGACUUUGCCGUUCAUCAUUUCAGGGUCAGUAAGAGUACUGGGGUUGAUAUAAUCAACUCUUUGAUCCCGCCUCACCCCUCCACCAGGAUUUCUGGAAUUAUACAAAAAUUUGAAGCCAUAAUUAUUAUUAUUAAAAAAAACCCAGCAAGCUGGCAGAAUUGUUUGUGUGCAGGACAAAAUGCUUAGUGCAUUUCUCCCAGCCUUACAUUCUCAGUUCGAAUCAUGCCUUGGUCAACUUUGCCUUUAAUUUUUUUGGUAGGGGGUCAAUGAAAUAUAGUGCCAAUCAAGUACUAGGAUCAAUGUAAUUGGCUAUCCUCCUCUUACUGGCCUUGUGCUGAAAUUUAAACUAUCGAGGCAGCUGGCAGCAUUGUUAACAUGCUGGACAAAAUGAUAGCAGUAUUUUUCUUCUGCUUUCACAGUUCAAAUGCUGCCAAGAUCAAUUUUGCAUUUUGUCCUUUUGGUGGGAGUCGAUAAAAUAGUGCCAGUUGAACGCUGAGGAGGUUGGGUGUUGUAAUUGGCUAGCUCUCCUUCCCAAAUUUCAGCUCUUAUGCUCAUAAUAGAAAGAAUCAUUAUUAAGGUGGCAAGCUGAUGGAACCAUUAGCUCAUUGGACAAAAUGCUUAGCAUUUCUUCUGGGUUUUUUUUAAUGUUCUGAGGUCUGCUUUGCGUGUCAUCGUCUCAGGGUUUAUGAAAUGAAAUGCUGGUAAAGCACUGGGGUUGAUGUAAUUGAUUAGUCCCCUCUCUGACAAAAUUUCAGGUCUUGUGCCUGAAGUAAAAAGAAUUCUUAUUAAGGUGGUAAUCUAACAGGAUCAUCAACAUAGAAGGUGAAAUGUUCAGCAGCAUUUUUUUCUAGCUUUUUACAUUCUGUGUUCAGAUACCACCAAGGUUGACUCGGCCUGUCAUCCUUCCUGACUCAAUAAAAUGAAAUACCAGUGAAAUACUGGCCAUAAUGUAAUCAACUACCCCCCUCCCCUAAAAAUUGCUGGCUUUGUGCCAAAAUUAGAAUUAUUUUUGUUACAGGCAUCCCCUGUUUUGUGGAAGUGUGCAUUCAUGAAAAUCUUGCAUGGAGUUCUUCAAUAUGAAAUGCAUUUUCUCUUUGAUGUUUUUUGGAAAAUUGGCAACCAAAUAAAGAAAUUAAGAUUCACAAGACAAAACUCCAUGUUAGCACAAGAUUUUUCUUAAGAGCACAAUAAUUUAUUCCAUAAAAUGGCUCUUUCUCAGAACAUGGACAAAUGGAUGUAUCUUUUUUACUGUGUAGCAGGUAAAUAUAUUUUCCCAUUACCUGAUAUUAUAUUUAUAAAUAUUUUUCUGCUAGUCCUACUGCUGUUCCAUGAUAUAUAUUUAAUAAUCUGCAGAAGAGACCAAAUCAUUUCGAUGCUUGUUCCACUGCUGCCAUUUAUUAACCUUUAGCACAUUGUAAGUGCAUCAUGUCACUAUAUGAGUUUUCUCCCUUGUAGUAACAGAGCAGUGGCAGGGGAAACAAUUCUAGAGAAAAUGCAGUGUGCUGAUGGUUAAUAUACAAAGAGACCAAUUAGCUUUGAUCACCUUUAACGAGGAAGAUCAUCUGGAUUUUUUUUUUUUUUUCUAUUUUGUGUCCUAAGAAAAUUUUACUGUUUUUUUAUUAAUUAAUUAAUCUCAUUUUUAGAUAAGGUUAAUUAAGUUCGAAAUUAUAAUUUAUAUUAAUGAUUUGUCUCAAAUAUUUAGAGAUUUAAUUUUUCUUUUAAAUUCUUUUUAAUGCAAAUAACAAUGUAAAAAAUUGUAAAAUAAAAUUCCCAUCAUCAAA